AUGUAUUUUUCACUAGAGUCUGUUGCUGCUCCCAAUGAUGAUCUAAUUACCAAAGUACCAGGGUCUGCAUCUGAUAAUUAUUUCUCAACUGCUGUAACACCAGGAAUUGGAGUUCAACAAACUUUAAGAACUAAGGGCUGCCCUGGAAAUCAAAAACAAUGUGUUUUAAGCGUAAAUGAGUGUAAAAGGGACCCAGAUUGCGGUUACGGUUCGGUUGUACCACGUGGCCGUACCAAAGCUUUGCUUUAUUGUGCCACCAUCAAAUCAGCAUUCAGGUUUACAUACAGGUGGCAACGAAUUGAGGAUAAUAAUGAGCCGUUAACUCUAAAAAAUACUCGUUCUGUCAUUGAAGUGAGACGAAAGAAUUAUCCCGUGGAUUACCAGUGUGACACUUAUGAAAACGAUUCGCUCACUAGCACAGUACGAUUUACUGUGCAUGAAUCUCUUGGGUUAGAUGAACAUGCUUAUUCAAAAAAAGGCUCACAACCCCUUUUCAUCAGUGUAGGAGUUCUGACCAUUUUGUGUUGCGUUUUCCUUGUGUAUGAAUUGUACAGUAAAAUUAUAUCGAAACGCUGCAAGGAAAUAGAUGCAGAGAGCUGCCAAGGCCCAUCUGCAGAUCCUUCUCCAACCCUGGCACCACAGCCUCAACCUGAGCCAGAACCAGAACCAGAAACUGAGCCUAUACCUGAACCAGAACCUGAGCCGGAACCGGAACCAGAGAAUGAGCCGGAACCGGAACCAGAACCUGAGCCGGAACCAGAACCUGAGAAUGAGCCGGAACUGGAACCAGAGAAUGAUUGCGAGCAGGAGCAAGAAGCCUGAGCCUGCUCAAGCAAAAGUGACUGACGCAUAGAAAAGUGACUGCAAUACUGAUUAUGGGCUUCCAUAUACUCUCUACAUAGAAAAAAAAAAACUCAACAGCUUUCAAGCCAAAUAUACAUCUAACCAAAAAAAGCGUACUGUAGUAACUGCUUGAUCUGCUUCUCCAGCUAUCAUAUUGAAAGCACUUUAGACAAACAUUUUGAAGAACUGAUAAAGAAUUUAAGAGUUCUGUAUAUACAGUGCCUAUAGUAAGUAUUCACCCCCCUUGGAUGUUUUCACAGUUUGUUGUGUUACAACCUGAAAUUUUGAUGCAUUUAAAUUGGAUUUUUUUCCUUUGAUUUACACAACCUACUCAACACUUUGAAGAGGCAAGAGAAUUUUUAUUGUGAAACAACAAUUAAUGAAAAAUAAAAAAACUGAAAUGUCUUGGUUAGAUAAGUAUUCACCCCCCUGAGUCAAUACUUGGUAGAACCACCUUUGGCAGCAAUUACAGCUGUGAGUCUUUUGGGGUAAGUCUCUACCAGGUUUGCACAUCUGGAUCCUGCAAUAUUCACCCAUUCUUGGCAAAAUUGUUUGAUCUCUGACAAGUUGGAUGGGGAUCGUUGGUGGACAGCAAUCUUCAAAUCUUGCCAUAGAUUCUCAAUCAGAUUCAAGUCUGGGCUUUUACUGGGCCACUCUAGGACAUUCACUUUCUUGUUUUUAAGCCACUCCAGUCUCGCUUUGACUGUGUGCUUGGGGUCAUUGUCCUGCUGAAAGGUGAAUCUCCAUCCCUGUCUUAGGUCUUUUGCAGACUGAAGCAGGUUUUCCUAAAGGAAUUGCCUGUAUUUAGCUCCAUCCAUAUUGCCCUCUACCCUGACAAGCUUCUCCGUCCCUGCCGAUGAAAAGCAUCCCCAUAGCAUGAUGCUGCCACCACCAUGCUUCACAGUAGGGAUGGUGUUACCUGGGUGAUGUGCUGUGUUGGGUUUGCAUCAGACAUAACGCUUUGCAUUUAGGCCAAAUAGUUCAAUUUUUGUUUCAUCGGACCACAGAAUCUUUUGCCACAUCUGUUCAGAGUCUCCCACAUGCCCUUUUGCAAAUUCCAAGCAGGAUUUUACAUGGGCUUUUUUCAGAAUGGCUUCCUUCUUGCCACUCUUCCAUACAGGCCAGAUUUGUACUGUAUUUAAAUGCAUCAAGAUUUCAGGUUGUAACUGUGAAAACGUCCAAAGGGGGGUGAAUACUUACUAUAGUUACCUUGAAUACUUACCUUUUUCUCUAGUUUGCCAUGGAUUGUCCCUGGAAGUUGCAAAAAUGGAACGCCGUUGAGCAUUACUGCUUCUGCUUUGGAACGCCCAAUAGAAUACCAGGGCUGGACGUUGAGGGUUACUGCUUCUGCUUUGGAACGCCCAAUAGAAUACCAGGGCGAGACAUUGAGGGUUACUGCUUCUGCUUUGGAACGCCCAAUAGAAUACCAGGGCGAGACGUUGAGGGUUACUGCUUCUGCUUUUAUUUGAAAUUGUAAAAUAAUAACAUAGUAUACUCACAAAUUAAAUGCUCUUUUGUUUUAAAUGUAUAAACUAGCUGCUGUAAUCUAAUCACUGUGGGUAUGUCAUUCACAGCAAACAGAGGACUGGAAUCUAGAACUAUAACACUUUCUACAUGAUGCACUAGGGUAGCCACCGGGUAAUGCUGUGGUGAGCUACAGUAGAUACUUGUACUGUCAAACUAAAUAAAGAACA